UGCCCAGAGGGUUUCACUUGUUGCUGUGCAGGAGCUUCGACCGUCAGCUCACCGCGGAGCUUCGUUCCUGCUUCACUUUGUGUUUACAACCUGUCGGUAAACGGAACAACGGACCGUCUGUCCGCGCGCACCUCCGCCUGCCUGCGUCUGUCCCCCAGCGACUGCUUCGCUAUCGGCCCUCAGGAAGUCUGGUUUGAUGUCUGCAUCAGUCCUGUAUCCGCGGCCGUGUGGACGUGUCAGUCUGGUCUGCGGUCUCUUCCUCCUGGCCUCCUUGCCGCUACUCGCUGCAGGCAGACUGAGCAACUGCUCUCACCCUGUGCUGCCAGAACAUGGAGGUUUCCGCUGUGAUCCGAGUCCAUGCCGCGGUUUUCCUCAUAAGAGCAACAUCCGCUUGUUCUGUGAGCCCGGGUACCAUAUCAUCAAUAUCAAGAAGUCUAUCUCCCGGUGCCACCACGGGAGGUGGUCAGAGAUACCUGCAUGUAUCCCCAUAAAAGAUGGCCCCUACAUGAAGUCUGACAACAGAGUGAAUGAGUCGAUGCCCAGCAUGGCCACAACUGCAGUGGGCGUCUCCAUCUUCCUGCUCACCACCACCGCCUGCCUGGUCGUCAAGUCCCGCCUCUACCCCUGUCAGUCAAAUAGCAGCCGACGCUCCUCAGACCAAUUGGACCUGAUGGUGGACGGACUUUCUGUCUCUCUCCCCUCCUACGAGGAGGCGGUGUACGGCAGCUGGGGGCAGCGCAUCCCUCCCUGUUCAGCUCCGGGACCCACACAGCUCCUGCUGGCUCAGGAGUCACCUGGCUGCAACCCGUCAUCCCUGAGCAGCGAGUCGGACAGCAGCCACCACCCCCUCCUGUCCAACCAAGGCCCUGACAGUCCCCCACCCCCAUACGAAGAGGUCCAAACGUCACAUCCAAGAGACAGGAUGAGCAAUGCGGAGGUCCAGCAUCACCUCUCCAAUGACAAGGACACUUGACUGAUGACCCACGGGUUCACGCGUGACUAAACUUUUAGUUUUGAAAGAUUGUGACAGCUUACAAUCUGCGGUGUUAGGGCUGCAGAUGGUUCACCAGUUAAAACAGCAAAGGUGACAGCUGACUGUCAUAUUGCCUGCACUUUUCCUGCUUGGCUGCAACUCAGCAGCAUCAGGACCUAUCACAUGCUAUUUUAGAUUAAGCUGAUGAGCUCUGAUUGGCCAAAUGUCUGGAGGUAAAGGCCUGCCUGAGGAGGACUAAAGUACACUUAUAAAUGAAAUGUUAUUUAGUGUAUUGUGGCAUUUGGGGGGUGUAAUUUGCACACGAGUCUGCUGUCUGCUGGAAACCUGCUAAAAAAAAAAUCAGUUUUUAAUGUAAUUAAGAUGAAUUUAGGUGAGACUGGAAGGGGAAAAAGAAAAUGGUGUACAAGAAGGUUUUUAGAAGACAGCAGUGAUGUUGAGGUGUAAGUGUGUGUUUGUGUGUUUUCAGUGCUGUUCUGGAGACGUCGUCUAUCCCUCCCGUCAGUGACGGGGCUAAUUGGAGGCUUUCUUUUGUGAAGUCACUGGUGUGCUGUUACAGAAACCUGUGUUUCCAUGGCAACUGACUAUACCACUAGUGUCUGAGACUUUUGCACAGUUUCUCUUUAGGUCUAAUCAGACUGCAGUGCAAAGGCUGCAGAUUUAAAGCCAGCAUGGUGUACAGGCUUUGUCACAACGGCUUGUUGUGGUAUUUUAAUAGAUAUAGACAUUUAUUUUGUGUACAGCAGAUGUUUGUAUGUAUGUAGAGAUUUAAGAAAAGCAAAUGAAUUUCUCCUGUGUUCAAUCAGUGUGUGUGGAUGAAUAUUAUUUGAUGUUGGAUUUGAAUUUACAGCUUCAAGUAUUUUAAAUAUUCCUUUAUUUACUGAAUUAUUUGUCUGUAAAUCAGUGAAGACUCGUGGACUUUUUUUCCACAACUUGCAAAAAAUGAUUUGGGACCACAUCCCUCAGAUGGCCUGAAACAGACUGAUUUUAGAACCUUCCUGUCUUAUCUCACCUGCAGCGCUCCUCUUCAUCACUCUGCAGAGUGGCUGAUGCCUUCACAGACCUUGAAUGUAUUUACUGUUUAAUUUUGUGGCAACAAACCUUAACUAUUGUAUAAAUUUUAAUAUUUACAGAUGAUUAUUUGUACAUUGUCUUCUUGCACAGAAUUAUGAGAUAAUAAAUGUAAAAGUGUUA